AUUGUGUGAUUUUGAGAACCAUGUUUAGGGUGUUUUGUCCUAAUUCAAAUAGUUUUAUAUUAUAAUUGAUGAUAACAACUUAGUCAUGAAUAUGCCAAUAGGGGAGGAUCAAUGAUGCUUGCAUGCAUUAUUAUAUUAUAUGUUUUUGUAACAAGAGCCCUCGUUACAUCCGCUUAAAGACGACUCAAAAGAGGGAGAAGCCAUAGGAUACCUCACAAAUGAAAUGUGAGAUUUCCAAUGGAAGAUGAGAGGGAGGAACGAUUGAUGGAACAUUUCAGCCACGGUCAUCUGUUGGUGCUGGGCAAUCCGCCGCCGGAAGGAAACCCAGUCUGCCAUGGCUGCAAAACCACCAUUUUUCCGGCGAAACCCUGUUACAUGUGCCGGAAAUGCUCCUUCUUUCUUCAUCAAGUGUGUUUCGGCAUGCCCAAAAACGUGAACCACACGGUUGAUCCACACCCACUAGACCUCUCGUCCCUGAAAAUCUCGGCGCCCUGCAAGGCCUGUGGGCAAUCAAUCUCCACUUUCUAUUACGGCUGCGUUAAAUGCCAGAGUUUUUACCAUGUCCUCUGCUUAGCCAUGCCGCUUUCUGUCAAAGUCCCCUCGCACCCCCACGAGCUGACGCUGGAAUUCUCGCCGCCGUAUGAUUUCCGGUGCGACUUGUGCGCCAGGCCCUGCUACGCCGCCCACGCCGCCGCCUGGCUCUACCACUGCGGCCUGUGCGAAUUCGACGUGCAUAUUUCCUGCGCCAUCACCAACAGAGGCGCGCAGUUUCUCCACGAAUCCGGCGGCGGCGGCAGGGUGGAGCCGUGUUGGAGCAAACGCCACGAAUUGAUGGAGUUGCUGUGGAGAGGAAUGAACAGAGAGCACCUAGAAACGCCGGCGAAACUGGAGGACAUGGCCGCCACGCCUAGCUACCAGUUCAGCGACGCCUGUUUUUCCAUUGAUUUCGCCAAGUCGGUGUUGGACGAUGAGGACUUGACUACAGGACGGGAAGGAAAAACCACCGCCGGCGGAUAUGUUAAUCUGCCCAAACCGCUCACUCCUCAUCAUCAUCAUCAUCAUGCUCAAAAGCCAUCACUUGACUCCAUGAGUGAGAGUUCAAAGAAAGAGCUAAAUGUCAAGAUUUCUUCUCCCAUUAGCUCUCGAGUCUGGAUGGAGAUAGACCCAGAGAGCAAAAAGGAUUUCCAGACACAAAAAUCUCAAAAUGUUAAAUUUCAGGUAAAAGAAAGGGGAUUUUGUUGCUGGUAAUUUUUGAAGAUUCAGAACCGGGGGCUACGUGAAUUGAAGGUGAAGGUGAAGUCGAUCAAUUCAUCAAUAUAUGGGGAAAAAUCAAUGUUUUUUUUUUCCUCCUUGUGUAACGAUUACAGACUGACAAUGUGAUACCAUAAAUGUUGAACAUAUCAUCAUAAGAUUGAAUAAUAAAUAUUUCAAACA